UGGCGUUAAGCUUCCUUUGCUCUGUUGAACGACACGAUUCGCAAUGGCGGCGGCGCAGCUCUUCUCCCGCGCUUCCAUUUCCCCACAAAUCCCUCACAAGCCCACUGCCGCGGCACUCUCCCUUUAUCCAUCACUACGGUUCCCAGCUUUCCCCCGGUUGAAAACCCUCGCUUUGAGGGCAGUCAGUUCCCAAGCCCCCCGCGCUGCCGAAGCGACGGAGUUCCGCCAUUGCUUCUCCAAGGGAGAGGAUGGAUUCCUCUACUGCGACGGCGUCCGUGUCCAGGAUGUCAUGGAGGGGGUCGAGAGGAGCCCCUUCUACCUCUACAGCAAGGAUCAGAUUACGAGAAACGUGGAGGCGUACAAGGAGGCUCUCCAGGGGCUGAGGUCCGUUGUUGGGUACGCCAUCAAGGCUAAUAACAAUCUCAAGAUAUUGGAACACCUCAGGGGAUUGGGCUGUGGCGCUGUGCUCGUCAGCGGGAACGAGCUCAGGCUUGCCUUAGCGGCUGGAUUUGAUCCGAAAAGGUGUAUAUUCAAUGGGAAUGGCAAGAUGCUGGAGGAUCUUGUUUUAGCUGCUGAAAAGGAAGUUUUUGUGAAUGUUGAUAGUGAGUUUGACUUGGAAAACAUUGUGACAGCGGCAAGAGUAGUAGGAAAGAGAGUGCCUGUUCUACUUAGAAUCAAUCCAGAUGUAGAUCCACAGGUACAUCCUUAUGUUGCCACUGGAAAUAAGACAUCCAAAUUUGGUAUCCGAAAUGAGAAACUUCAAUGGUUUCUUGAUGCUGUCAAGACACAUUCAAGUGAAAUUAAUCUUGUAGGAGUUCAUUGCCAUCUUGGGUCGACUAUUACAAAGGUGGAUAUAUUUAGAGAUGCUGCUGUUCUGAUGGUGAAUUUCAUUGAUCAAAUCCGAGCACAAGGCUUCCAGUUGGAGUACUUGAAUAUUGGAGGCGGUCUUGGAAUUGAUUACCAUCAUACCGGUGCAGUCCUUCCUACACCUAUGGAUCUCAUAAACACUGUGAGAGAGCUGGUUCUUUCCCGUGAUCUUACUCUCAUCAUUGAACCGGGGAGAUCACUGAUCGCCAAUACUUGCUGCUUGGUUAACAAGGUGACUGGUGUUAAAACUAAUGGCACAAAAAACUUUAUAGUGAUUGACGGAAGCAUGGCAGAGCUCAUCCGACCUAGUCUCUAUGGAGCAUACCAGCACAUAGAUCUGGUUUCUCCACCAGCUGCUGAUGCACACGUUGCAACCUUCGACGUGGUGGGGCCCGUGUGCGAGUCUGCAGACUUUCUGGGCAAAGACAGAGAGCUACCAACACCAGCUAAGGGAACUGGUUUAGUUGUUCACGAUGCUGGUGCAUAUUGCAUGAGCAUGGCUUCAACUUACAACCUCAAACUUCGCCCACCUGAGUAUUGGGUGGACAAUGGAUCUGUGGUGAAAAUUAGGCAUGGAGAGAAGAUGGAAGACUUCACGAGGUUCUUUGAUGGGCUUUAAGUUGUCAAACAAAGUAUGCUUUGCUAGGUUUCCUUUGUACUUUCUAUUUGCUGUGCUGUGUCGGAAUUAUUAUGCAUUUGACUUAAGUUGAGAUCAUGGUUUUUCAUGUAUCUCACACCCUCUUGAGAGUCAGAAAGAGGAAGGAGAUGGUUAAUUAGGUUAGGUUCCACGAAAAUGAAUAAAAUUGUUAGAUGACUAGAUGUGUUUUCUUCCCUCUAAAAAAUUGAGUUUGUUAGGCAUAA